GUAAGUUCAAUGAAGGGGGCUUUUCCAGUCAUAGACACAGAUGCUUCCUGUGAGGACCGACUUCGAUGAGGAACUCUGUUAAAACGAGCAGCCUCACAGAACCCUCUGAGAGAAAGUUGCAGGUCAGACGAGCAGGCAAGAUGAGAGCACGAGGAGCUAACGGAAUGACCGAGCAAACGCAAAAUGCCAAUCAACAGCUGGACUACAACCAAAGCCACAUCCAACAGUUCCUCAUUGCUGGGGGAGAGCUGGGGCUCAAACCCUUCUACACAGAGCUCGCUGUUCUCCUCCUGGUGGUCUACCUUCUAGUGCUCAUUAGUAACUUUAUGGUUUUCUUUGCGGUGGUGCUGGAGACCAAACUGCACACACCCAUGUACAUUUUCCUUAGUAGUCUCUCUCUAACAGAUAUCAUCAUCACAACCAGCGUUCUCCCCAAGAUGAUAUCGGUGUGCCUACUGAAUGACAUUGCCAUUUCUUUCUCCGGCUGCUUCUUGCAGCAGAUCACCUAUUUGACAUUUCAGGUUACUGAGGGCAUUUUGCUUGUUUUAAUGUGCUAUGACCGCUAUGUGGCAAUUUGCAAUCCUCUACGCUACAAUGAUAUCAUCAAUCCCCGGAUGUGUGUUCUACUCUCAGUCUUUGCUUGCAUUGCUGGAUUUUUAAUGAUGAUUCCAAUUCCAAUGUACGCAUCAAGGUUACCUUAUUGUAGGACCCACCUCAUGUUCUGGUUUUGUGAUAUCCCUCCAGUUAUUGCACUGUCCUGUUCGGACACAACAAACCUGCAGUUCACAGUUCUAGGGAUUGCUUUACUAGUAAUUGUGGUUCCAGGAUCUGUCAUUAUUUGGACAUACAGUAAAAUAAUUAUCGCAGUUUUAAAAAUGUCUUCUGUAGAUGGGCGUAAAAAGGCCUUCUCCACCUGCUCCUCACAUCUCAGUAUUGUAAUCCUGUUCUACUUCGCACAUCUUUGUGUCUAUAUAGGUUCCACGGUAAAAAAUGUUCAUCCGAAUGUUCUCAUCUUAAUCUCCAUCAUGAACUGUUUACUGACUCCACUUGCAAACCCCAUCAUUUACAGCUUGAGAAAUAAAGAGUUAAAGACCGCUAUUGUAAAACAUUUCCACAUCAAUGAGGUUUUCAUAAGUUUCUCUCGUUUACGUCCCCAGUAAAUAUUUUUGUCAGUCUUAUGUAUCUCAGUUUAUGCUGUGACACAUAUAGACCCUUUGUUUUCAGCAUCUCACUCAUUUUUUGUGAAUAAUCUAAAGACUUGGCAAAGAAAUAUAUUUUCUGGCACAUUAUCCAACAUUGGUGACCUUAAUAAUAUAAAACAUUACACAGUCAUUGCAAAAGGCAUGAUCAUUUUUAUCACCAUUCAGCAGUGUUUUCACCUACAUUGUUAUUAUCCAUCCAUCCAUCCAUCCAUUAUGUAUACCCGCUUAUCCUGGGCAGGGUUGAGGUGGGUGCUGGAGCCUAUCCCAGCGUUCAUUGGGGCGAGAGGCAAGAAUACACCCUGGCCAGGCCUCCAAUCUAUCGCAGGGCACACACAACAUUCACUAAUCAUUCACUCACACACUCAUAACUAUGGGCAAUUUAGAGUCUCCAAUUAGCCUAACCUGCAUAUCUUUGGACUGUGGGAGGAAACCGGAGUACCCGGAGGAAACCCAGGCGGACAUGGGGAGAACAUGCAAACUCCACACAGAAAGGCCCCAAGCUGAGAUUCGAACCCACAACCUUCUUGCUGUGAGGCGACAGUGCUACCCACUGCACCCCCAUGCCGCCCAUUGUUAUUAUUAUUAUUAUUAUUAUUAUUAUUAUUAUUAUUAUUAGUUGUUGUUGUUGUUGGUUUUGCUGCUGCCGUUGUUUUUACAGGAAUAGUGAAAAACACAAAAAUGGAUAGCUCACCAAUGUUACAUAACUAACUUUGAUCCUGACAGUUAUACACUGCAUACAGUAAGUACUGCUCAUGGGGAGCUUGUAGCUAAAACUGCAAUGCUGUUAAUGGUGAUUCAUCAGUGAAACAAUGAAAAAACACACCAAGCCAAGCCAAAACUUAUAGUCAUGUCUGGGACUAAAUUUUAUUUCUUGAGGCAGCGAUUGGGGGAGUGAUGAUUAUUUAUUUAUGUAUUGUAUUGAAAGAAAGUAUCUAUGGUUUUUGGUCAGAAAUUGGGGAGGGUACUGCAUUUUUUGCAAUUAAAGUUUGAUUUCCCAUAAGCCAUACAUAGUAUGCAAUUCUCUGUCACACUGCAUCUCCCAUUACUGGUACCACAUCACUUGUUCUCUGGCUUAACGCUGGAUUUUGGUUAUUCAAAGUCCUGAAACUGAUGGGUAGAAAUGGGACAUUCAAAAAUGUUGAAGAAAAAGGUUUGAAUAAGGGUAAAUGUGCCAGAAAAAAGGAGUUAAACCCCAAAUAUGCUUUAUUGUAGACGCUUUACUUGAUUAUGUUUGGAUGUGCCAGAGAAGGGGUUUGCUCUCUACCAAACCUUAAUGUCUUCCAUUAAAAUCAUUAUCAAAUGGUAACUUUACGGUCUUAUUUAAUGUAUUUUCUUUGUGACCUGUUUUAACUUAAAGUGUUUUGGUCCAUAAAUUACAAAGCGGUUCUAUAUUUUUCAAACCUUCAAAAUAUAUGUAAUUUCAAUAAUAAAAAUGCAUAAAAAUACUGUGCCCUCCAUAAUGUUUGGGAUAAAGACAUAUUUUCUUGAUUUGGCUCUCUACUCAACAUUUUUACAUUUGUAAUAAAACAAUUAAAAUGCAGGUUCUUAU